CUGGUGCAAAUGUUGAUAAACACUUUAGGGACUUCUAGAUGCAGUGUUGCUUAUCUCGGCCAAGUGAGAGAGCCGCAUAUAGCUGUCGAGGCUGGGAAAUCAUGCCUUUGUUCUUCUCGUGGAAGAAUUUUUUCAUUUGGAGGUCUGUGUGAUGUUUCUCAACGUGGAAGGUUGAGGGCUCAAGCUAGUUGGCUGUUUAAAGGUAGUGAUGAAGGGUCGGAAUUGGACCCUAGUUGUGAGCACAGUGAAAGUGUCAAUGAGGAUAUUCUGAUGUUUUUCUUUGAGCUGGAUUUGGCAACACGAGUACAGUAUGCUCUGAAUCUGGAGGAGUAUGACAUUGCUAAGCAACUGAGGAACAAGCUGAAUGAGAACGCUAUUCAGAGUGAGAAUUACAGUUUGGCUGCCGAGAUAAGGGAUCAAAUAUCAAAACUGGAAGCUAAGUCUUUAUCUGCAUCGGUAAAAGCUCAAGCAUUUGAAAAGGCACAGUAUGCUUUCCGUUUGGGCCAGAAAGUGAAACACAAGAUAUUUGGAUAUCGAGCUGUCAUUUGUGGAAUGGAUCCAGUAUGCUGCGAGUCAAAGUCUUGGAUUGAUGGUGCAAAUGUUGAAAAGUUGACUCGUGGUCCUGAUCAACCCUUUUAUCAGGUGUUGGUUGACAUGCAUGAAGACCCCAACCUUCUAGUAGCAUAUGUCCCUGAAGAGAAUCUGUUGGUUGCCGACCAACAAGACACGGAUAGGUUUGAUCACCCGUAUGCUUCCUUCUUGUUUUACGGUAUGGAUGGUGCUGGGGAUUUCAUCCCUAUCAGGCAGCUUCGGGAGAAGUACAACCAGCCUCGGCAUGAGCUACCGUACGACCCAAAAGAUGCGAAAGAAACAUAGAUUCUUUGUUACCUUUUACUUUUGUUUUUUUCACGGAAUGCACUUUUUUUAUUAAAGCGUUGGGGAUUAUAUGGUGCAUCAUCGUAAGUGACGGGAAUCUGAUUUGUGUUAUAUUAAUGGAGUUCGAUUUUACGUCCAGACAUGUGAAUAUGUGAUGAGGCUUUUGUGUGCAUGCAGAUAUUUGGUCGUUUGUUUAUGGAAAGAGUAGUUGUUAACGAGACAAACUCGGCUCACCUAAUUUUUAUAGAAUUUUUUAUAGCUCCAGCUCGG